UAGCUGUUUCCUCUUCCCGGGUUAACUAGGUUAGCCGAAGAUAAAUAAACACGCUACAAUGACAUUGACAUACAUAAUUAGCAUUUCUGCUGUUUCCCGUCACUUUCUGAAUAUCUCAAAUUAGCUCUUCAUCCCUUUGAACACAUCAUAAAACCUCCGUAAUCACAGGAAGCAAAGGAUGGCUCUUUCCUGUGUGCGACUGUGCACUCGACACAUGAGCAAAGGGCUUCAAGUCUGUGGGUAUGCGACACUCAGUAAAGCAUCCAGACCUCAGGAGAAAACCAGCAGCGGUCCAGUUUUUCAGUACGUCGGCGAGCACAAAAAGCCCAGCCACAAAGUGUUUGUGUGGGGCUUCAGUUUCACUGGUGCUCUGGGUAUCCCCAGCUUUGUGGUGCCAGACAGCGGCAGGAAGAAGCCCUGCAAAUAUCAGCUGACUCCUUACCGGCUGGAGACUGCAGAGCAGAUCUCCUCUGCUGCUUGUGGUUACGGCUUCACUCUCAUUGCCUCUCCGACCAAAGAUGUGAUCAAACUGUGGGGCAUGGGCCUGAACAAGGACUCUCAGCUGGGCUUCCAACGCACACAACACAGCCGCCAUCAGAGCUAUGACUUCGUGUUGGAGCCAUCCCCGGUGGCUCUGCCUCUCGCCCAGCCUCUGCAGACCAGAGUGGUUCAGGUUGCAUGUGGCCGUGCUCACUCUCUGAUCCUCACCGAUCAAGAGGGAGUUUUCAGUAUGGGCAACAAUGCGUACGGCCAGUGUGGAAGACGGAUAGUUGAAGACGAAGUUUACAGUGGCAGUCACAUCAUUCACAAGAUAGAAGGCUUCGGCAGCAGGGUCACACAGGUGGCAUGUGGACAGGAUCACAGCCUCUUCCUCACUGAGAAAGGAAAAGUGUUUGCAUGUGGAUGGGGUGCAGAUGGACAGACAGGUCUGGGACACCACAACAUCAGCUCCAGUCCUGUGGAGGUGGGAGGGGAUCUGGCCGGGGUGGAGGUGCAGCAGAUCAGCACGUAUGGAGACUGCAGCCUGGCUGUGUCCAAAGAUGGACUGCUGUAUGGGUGGGGCAACUCUGAAUACCUGCAGCUGGCUUCGGUCACCGAGGCCACACAGAUCAACUCUCCUCGACAUCUUCCUCUGAGAGGCUGCGGGAAGGUGGUUCAGGCGGCGUGUGGAGGAACACAGGUGGCUGUUCUCAAUGAUAAAGGAGAGGUGUUUGUGUGGGGUUAUGGCAUUCUUGGAAAAGGCCCAAACUUAUCCGAAUCCUCGACCCCGGAGAUGAUUCCCGCUACACUGUUUGGGCGCUCAGAGUUCAACCCCUCAGUAACCGUCUCAAAGAUCAGGUGUGGCCUCAACCAUUUUGCUGCAGUGACAGAUCGAGGCGAGCUCUUCGUCUGGGGGAAGAAUGUGAGAGGUUGUUUGGGCAUUGGGAAGAGAGACGACCAGUACUUCCCGUGGCGGGUAACUGUGCCUGGUCAAGUGGUGGACGUAGCUUGUGGUGUUGACCACAUGGUGGCGCUGGUGAAGUCCCUCCUGUGAGCUGCUGCGCUCCUCAGCAGUGGAUGAAAGGCUGGAUGUUUGGCUGAGCCUCCCGCUGAUCCCCCGGGCGCCUCAGGGAGCCGAUCGGGGGCCACGCUGCAGUCUUGAAGCCAGCUGCUCUCCACAGGCGAUGGACCCUCGUGUCCCUCCGCCCUGCAGUGACGUCAAGCUGAGUGCAGGGCGGUCGAUCCAGCAGCAAACUGUCACUGACACAGCUCACUUUACCCUGCAUGAAGGUCAUACGGCAAAGACAUCAAAGAGUUUAUUGUUUUAUCACAACUCGAGCUGAAACGACAAAUCGAUUGAGCAAAACUGUGAAAAAAUGUGAAUAUUUAUCUGGUUGCAGCUUCUCUGCUUUGAAGAUUUUCUGCCUUUUUCUGUUUUGUAUCAUUGUAAAAUAUCUUUUAGACGGUUGGACGGUUUUUACUAUUUAAUCUGCAAGUGGUGCAGAUUAAUUGGUAACAGUAGUUGCAGCUGCAGCUCUCAUUACUUGGGCUUUAUUUCCAUUGUUUUGGCUAUCAGUUCUUGUAUUGUUAAUUACUUUAGUGAACCAUAAGUAUCAAAGUCAGACCCAAGUUGUAAUGAAUUGGACAAGUUUCCUACUAGAAAACACAAUCGGCUUUCAGGUGGUUCAUACUGUAAAAUGUUUUGUUUGCUCUCAGAUGUUGUUCAUUUGCUGCUGCACAGCAAAGUGACUGUGAGAGAAAAGUGGUUCAGUGAAUGAAGUGAUUCACUGUGGAAUCAACACUCAUGUGGUUUUGGGAUCAUCUCAAAUGAUAUGUUGUGGCACUCUGCAGGCCGGUGAAGUGUUUGUAAAACACUGAACUGUUUGUAAAGCUGGUGACGGCAAAAUAAUCCACAAUAACAAAAACCCACGAUAUCUCUGUGCCAACUGCAAAUAGAGGUGAAGGCACUCUGCCAGGGAGAAAACAUGUUUUGGCGAAUCAAUUUUACAACAUGAACUCAUCAAUAGUGCGUGCAUGUUGUGCACAGCGUUUCAUGGAAUGUGCCGUGCUCCUGAUCUGGAUGUAUUAGAGAAUGAAGCCACUUUACCCACAGUGUUAGUUUGACAGUAUGGAGGGAAUGAAAGACUCUAUAUAAAAAAUAAAUUAUUUUUUUUUACCACAUCAGUUGUGUUUUAAUAAAUACUGAAAUCAUCUUGCAUACAUUCCUCAUGAUUUUCUAGAAUUCUUUGAUACGUUAAAGUUUUACUGAUAAUACUUGCAUACUUUUUACCUGAGUAAGGUUUUGAAUGCAGGACUUUUGUUUGUAAUUAAGUAUUUUUUACAGUACUUUUUUUUUAAAGGUUCAGUGUGUUAGAUUUAGGGGGAUUUAGUGGCGUCUAGUGGUGGGGAUUGUACAUUGCAGCCAACUGACGCUUCUCCUGGUUAGAAUUCCUUCAAUCAGUGCGUUUACAUGACAUUAGAGAAAACUGAUUUAUUGUCAGUCCAACUAAAACUGGACUUUUAAAAGACAUGCAAACAUGUUAGUCCGACUGAAAUCGGACUAAAUCACCAUAACACACCCAGAUAAUGUGAUUGGGAGUUAAAUUACCCCUGCACGUAUAUUGCAAUCGGACCCAAACUGGCCGAGGCGCUCUGAGCAUGCUCCACAGUUUCCGCCCUGGGCUUUGACCCAGAAGUCAAAUAGCAUUAAUUGUGUAACAGAAGAAGAAGCUGGUCACAACAUGAUGAAAUCUACAUCCAGAGUGGUGCAUUUUUGGAUGGACAAAAUGUACAGAGCUGUAAAGUUGUCCACCAUGGCACCAGUUAGCUGCUAGCUAACUGUAGCUAACUUGUUUGUCGAUUGUUUGGUCUGUGACGUAAUAGGUCAACUGGAAAAAGGUUCAAUGCUAACUAGAUGAAAAGAGGCAUAUCUCCAUCUAUCAUAGCAGAGUCAGACAUGUUUGGGUCAAAAAUCUAUUCCCCUCUCGUGCUUGUAUACUGGGACAAGGACAGUAGUCCAAUUUAAUGGCGUAGACAAGCUAUAACCGUACCUCAACUUAUCUGUACAUGUAAAUGUAUUCAGUAUACAUUGUUCAGGAGGUUUUUAUCACAGCCGCAUUAUCCUCUGAGGUCUCCUCUUUCCCAAAACAAUCAGACCAGGUGCUUAAAACUAGUAUAAACACUAAAUAAAGCAGUGUCACGUUACAAAUCAGUGUUUUCUCUAUGCUGUUUGGCUUGUCAGAGACAGGCUGCUCGCCUAUCACCUGUUAAUGUGUCUGAUAACUUACAAUCCAGACGUUCAGGAGGUUUUUUACGCGGAGCCAAAUUAUCUGCAGAGGUACAAAUGGACUUGGUGAUUUAAACUGGUAAAAACAGUGAAUAAAGCAGUUUCACUUUCAAAAAUCAGUGUUUUUCCAAGGCUGCUUGUUGUAGAGGGGCUGCUAACUUCGGUGGCCAAUGAGAAAUUAUGAACGGCUCCGUCUAGAGCCAGUGUUUGGUUUGUCCAUUCGUGCUCCUGUAGAAACAUGUCACUGCAACAUGCCGAUCUCCGUAGACGAGGACCCGCUCCCUGUGUCGAUAUAAUCUGCUCAUCCUGAGGUAACUACAACACAGCGGUUCUUAUUCUCGGGUAAUUAAUUAUACACUAAAUAAAAUAUACUUAUUAUAAUAUUUCUGCCAAAAAAAAUCCCCUUAAAGCCUACACACUGGUCCUUUAGGUAAAGGCUCUGAAUACUUUGAAUACUUAAUAAUUAGCAUUAAAAGGUGCUCAUGUGCUGGCUGUAUUCUGAGGACUGAGCAUGGGAUGUACUGUUUUGCUC